AUGUCUGCUCGAAAAGUCUCUUCUAUUCGCUCGGGUUCCCGUGCUGCAAGUGCUCGCUCAACCCAAGCCGAUCUUACUGCCAUCAUUUCCUCCGCUCCUCAAGCUGAUCAGGCAAAUCGUGUUCUGGGCAAUCCAUCUCUCCCAGACGUCCGUACCCAACAAUCUUUCGCAUACGGCUCUUCCGAAACUCCCGCACUUCCUCGCCAGCUCGACCUUGAUCCUUAUAUGGAAUUGUCAGAAAUGGCCGACAACCUCGAUGACGGUUUGCGUCAGGCUCAGGGCCGCAAUCUUACCGGUGCUGAAGAACCUGCUCGUUCUAGUCCCGAAAGACGCCAGUCUCGCUCUAUGAGUGCAUCCGUUCUCUCUAGCAUGUCACCAGCUCCUGAACCUGCCGCACGUAGAACUGCGGUUCGCAACAUCCCCUCUCGCAGAACUACAUCUCGCAGAGACGCCUCGCGCCAACAAACCCCUGAACAGCAACUCCUUGAGUCUCUCCGCGAAGCAUCUGAAGAAGCUGAAACAGUUACCAAAGACGAACCUGAAGCUGAGGAAGAAUCAGUCUUCGGCUCUCCUCAUACCCCUUAUUUCAACGAAUCGUCCAGUGUCAGCUGGACCACAGAGCGUCUUAUCCAUGGCAACCCGCCGCAAGAUAGCAAUGCUGGAACUCGUCCAAACUUCUUCCGUGGACAUCCGUAUGGCUCCCGACCUACCCAUUUGCAGGGACAAACCGGCCUGAGCGUACCUCCCACUCGUGUCCCCGUGUUUGCAGAUAUACCUCGCGUUAUCCCUAGCAUCCAACCAACUACUCCUCCCGCUAUGCGAGCUCGUGCCAUCGCAAAUGUUGGUAGAACGCUCCCGCCUGUUCCAGCUUUUAGUCAGGGAAAUAAAUAUGCAACUAGAUCUGCCUCCGGAUCAUCCAAUUCUUCUGUCUCAUCUUCUUCAAAGCACACCCCAGAUUCAUCCACACAUUCCUCUCCUGCCCUUGCCGCUGCGACGCCUGCUGGGAUCAUUUCUACCCACAGUCAGCGCGGUCGAGGAAUUCCCAAGAAUCCAACCGGUAUCCUGGUAACACUCGGUCUUAUUCUCAUGGCAUUUCUCGCUCAUCUCUGCAGAGAUCGCGCCUGCUCACUCCCUCAGAUGUCUGAGUAUUUUUGCAGCCGCCUGCCCACGUCCGACAACAACUCAACGACCAUGUACGCCGACGCUUUCAACAAGCUGACAUACCAAAUCGAUCAACGACUUGCAGUCAUGGCAAAGGAUGUGGCCACUCUAAAAAACGAGUGGAACAAGCGGUUGCCGCAUCUGAAGGAAGCCCUCAGCAGGUCUCCAGCGGCAAUGGACCCUCUGGCAUUUCCAAAAGUCAAUUUCGCCUCGGUUGGCAUGGGGGCAGUGGUUGAUCCGUACCUAACCAGCCCGACAAUGGAUACAUUAUCUGGUUUGGCUGGCCGGAUCGGCCACUACCUCGCCAAGGUACCCUGGGGUUUACCCCCCGUGGCUGCACUCCAACCUUGGGACGGUGUCGGAGACUGUUGGUGCGCCGCCACGCGCUCCAAUGUUUCUCAAUUAGCCAUACUUCUCGGACGAGCAAUAGUCCCUGAAGAUGUGGUCAUUGAGCACAUCCCCAAGGGGGCAACAUUGGACGCCGGUGCCGCACCACGGGAGAUGGAGCUGUGGGCCCAGUACACGGCCCGUCCGCCCACUUCAUCCUCCCCCCCGGGCUCUAGCUCUUCUUCCCCCCCUUCCCCUUCGUCUCUGUCGUCUUCCCGGGAACCACCAUCCUCCUUCCCCUCAUCUUCACUGGGCUCCUCCCCCCCACGUGCUGCUCCCCAUAUCCGAUCCCCGCCCUCCCCCGCCUCUCCCUCCCAAUCCCCCCAUCACUUGUCCUUCUCCUCCCUGCGGGACAUCAUCCUCACCACCCUUCGGCAGGUGUAUCCGAAUGAGCCGGUAUCGGCUUAUUCGGAUGACGCGCUCCUCGGACCGUCUUUCUUCCGCGUCGGCCGGUGGCAAUACAACAUCGAUGGCAGGCAUCACAUCCAGCGUUUUAACCUGGAUGCUGUCAUCGACAUGCCCGCCGUACGUGUGCAGAAGGUUGUGUUCCGCGUUAAGUCAAACUGGGGCGCGGCGCAUACAUGUCUCUAUCGUGUGAGACUGCAUGGACACAUAUAA